CAAAUCUCUAGCACACGCAGUAAAGAACCUCUUGAGUUUCAGACGUCACCAUACCAGCUUAAGGUCUGCCCAUGGCGACUACUCACAGCCGGAGAAUGGAGAUGGUUCUUGGUGAAUACGUUGCAUUGCUUAGCUUCCUUGAUCCACCAACAACCCCUGAUACGAAGACCAAGUCUCAGAUCAAGCGUCCCCUAUCCAGGACUUCAGGACAGAAAUUUCUCGACCAUCUCUCUUGGCUCUGUGAUCCAUUGCCUCGAGGAAGGACAGUUGCUUCGAUCGCUGUGCAGGGUUCUUCCAGCGGGUCAAAUUUCUGGAUCGCAAGCAACAAUGGCAGUUCUCGGGGAGUGAAGAAGCAUCUUCAGUGGCUGCUUGGAAGACUUCGGCAGCUCGUCGAUGGAUCUGAAACAAGGGAGGUUGUAUGCAAAGAGAUUUUUCGGAAGUCGGUCAAUUUCAGUCGUGAACGAGUUCGAAACUAUCUUGAACAAUUAAAGACGAUUGCUUCUCACUGCUUACUGCUUCAAGAGACCAAUGAGAGAGAUCGCCAGCUGUCUAAGGACAUUUCCGAGAUCCUGCAAUCAUAUGACGAGCACGAACGACUAUGCACGCUAGCAUUCUGCUUCCGAAAAACGGCAGCAUCACAAACAUUACGGAUAAGGGCUACAGCAUCCGGGCCUAAUGGUAGUUGGCAACUCUUGCGGCACUAUGUUGGCAGACUUGGGUCAUGGUGGAAAGCUACACUGGUUGUGACCAUGGAAGCAAACGAGAUCUCAGACAUACUGCGCAACGCAACGGUGCAGGUCGUUCGUUAUGCAGGAAUUGUGACGCAAGGGCAACGUGAGCCCACGAGAAGUCUUGAUGAAGUCCUUGGGUCACUGACCUCGGUCAAUAAUCCUAAUCUUCCGGCAUCGGCAAAGCAUGUAAUGCAGCACCGUUGGGGCUUCGAUGUGGACAAGAAGUUCAUGGAGCGACUGAAACAUCGGCAGAAGCAGCAGUGCUUCCACGCGGAAGCUGUGAUGCUCGCCCACUUUCACCGCCGAGAGUUUCGUUUCACACAAUCACUGCCAUAUAUUGGUUGCAGCAAACCCUCGUGUUAUUGCUGCGAGCUGUAUGCUGAGUUACAUCCUCUCAUUACAGCUCCUAGGGAAAGCCAUGGCAACGCUUGGGUCAAAUGGGCUCUACCUUGCCCGGCACGAGCCAGACGUGGGCGGUAUUGUCAAGCCUGCACAUGCAUACUCGAAAAGAUGUUGCGAUGUGUUCGCAAGGAGAUUCGCCGGAGAAUCCUUGCAGAGAGUAGCGGAGUUCAUGGCCGACCUGAAUCCACCACCAACAUGUCGAGCGUGGUAAUGUUGGGGUUUGUCGAUCAUGAAUUCCGCAACAAUAGCCGUGCAACAUAA